GCGAUUACAAUACACCACGAACUCACCGACAGGUCAUUAUUCCCACCAUGCGUUCAAAGUUGUUAUUAAAGUUAAUGCAAGACUUUUUAAUCUACGUUAUGAAUUGAUUUUAAAGUCACAUGUACGUCAGUACUAUCAAAUUGAAAAAAUUUUAUUUAUUUUCUCUCUUUAUAUAUUUUGUUAUGAAAAAAUUCCCUAAAAAAGGAAAAAAUAUAAAUACAUCAUAAAAUUCUAAUUUGUUGUAACAGUUUUAAGUGCGCAUCGUUUUAUAUAAAUUUAAUUGAAUUGCAAAAAGUGGGGCGUAACGUUGGCAAGGAGUCUAUGGUCACAUAUAUAUAUAUAUAUACAUAUUAAUUUAAAAAAUGCAAGAAGAUGUUAUUGAUGUUAUACGAAGACCUACUUCUCCUAUAACGACUUCUUCAUACCAAUUACGGGCAGAUCCUCGAUUUUGCGUAACACCGCACAGUACUGGCAUGAAUUUACAUAAAAUAGCCGUACGUAAGCGACUUAGGCAAACUGAAAACAGUCCCCUUCAUGAACGGCGGUCAGAAAAGACGGAGGUUAUUACGAGAAGGCAGGAUGGUCAUCAACCGAUUUCCAAACAGUCUCGAGCACUUGAAAGGCCGCAGAUUCUGAGCAUAUGUCCCUUGCCCAAAAGAUCGGAUGUGGCCAUAAGUAUGGGCAAUCGCACACAAAAAAGAACUUUGGCUUCCCUAGUAAUAUGUGGAUUUAAAUAUGUAUUGAAAACCUUUGCACCCUCAGCUUUAAUUAAUUUUUGGAGUUCAUCUUCAGUGGACACGGCAGCGAGUCGUGCCAUUAAAAUUCCACCAAAGAUUUUGUGCAACCAAAUUAUGGAGAACUUUGAGAAACAAAUACGAAAAUUUUCGAGCUCUGAGUUAUUUGGUAGUGAUGCAGCAAGGUUUAUUGGGCAAUUGAAUGAGAUAUUUCUGGGCCGGUUGCAACACAUCGACAAAGCCGAACCCAAUAACACACACGUAUGAUUAAAAUUAGAAUCAAAGUAACAAGAAGACAGCUAGAGAUUUUUUCGUUUCCGUAGCUAAGGCUAAUUACUUAUCAGGAAUGGGUAGACGUAUUACUUAAAAUCACGGAAUCUCUCGUUAAAAAUACGGAGGAAAUGGAAUCUGAGAUGUCGAAACGAUUAGAUAACGUACAAUGUAACGUCGGUUGCCGUCGCAGCCAAAGCAACGGGCUCUUGCAAUACAGAAAAGACGUCGAUACUUUAAUUAAAGUUAUCCAAAAUGCUUAUCACAACCGCUGUUGGGACUUUCAAGGCAUCGAUUUUGUCACUACAUCACGGUCGCAAGUAUUGGGCAUCCACGGCGUGACUGAAGAUUUGCGUAACAAAGGUGGUUCUGUUGAAAUAAAUGUAUGUUGUGUAAAUGUUAAUUCUAUCGUAACAUAUUCUGAACAAUUUUUCUACUUUUCCGUCGCACCGCCUCUAGGAAACGCCCGUAGAUGAAUUGGAACAGAAACCAAAAGUUAAUAAACGAUUAUUUUGUUCUCCAUUAAGGCAUAAAAAUUUUGUAAAACAUACUUUCUAUCUUUUUUUUUCUAGAAACAGGUCGUAGUUAAUGAAUUGAAACAGAACGUUGAUGUGCGUAAAAAAUUUGUUUUCCAUUUAUGCAUAAAAAACAUAUUUUCCUUUUUCAGAAACAGCCGUCCGUUAUAAAAUUACAGCGGAAAAAUAAGAAACUAACCAUCGUUCAAGGGUUGGAAGCAUCAAACAAGGUGCUUAUAAAAUUAGAUUGAAUUCCGUUCAAGCCCAAAUUUUGACAGAAUUAAUUUUUACACUUUGAUUUCACUUCCCAAUCCCUUCUCCUUUUGGGCUCCACGCAGCUUAAGGAGACUGAAAAUUCCCUCGCCGCCGUAGUUGCCGAAAAACAAGGCGAAAUAGAAAAGCUUAAGCAAAAACUCAAUUCAGUGGAAGGCGAAAUGAGGAAUGCAAAGAAAACUAUUCAAUUUAAGGAGCGACUAAUUAAAGAGCUGAUUGACGACCUCAAGAACACAAAUCUCACUUUGACUAAAACGGAUGUUCACGACUUGUUAUCAGAAACUUUAAAAUUCUUAUUAAAAAAAUCUUAAGUAGAAGAACACAUUUAAAAAAAAACGG